UCCUCGCGUUAUACUCCUAUCUUCCUUUUGAUUUUAAUCUGAUAUGGACAAAGAAGGCACCGGAAGGAUUCUCUUAGCGAAUCGAUGAGGGAGAAAAUUUAUUCUGUCAUUUUUUCGGGGAUUUUGUUCUUCAUGAGGCGAGCGCGGGGACUAGUGACAGUGAUCCUGGGACUGUUAACAGUGAUCUUCAUUGUUUUCAAUGUGAAACCAGUGAAGGAAGUGGAGAUUAAUGAGAGGAGUCGGAGGAGGACGAGUGAUAUUAUUUCAGAUUUUCAGGAUGCAUCAACUAAUUUCCAAACGCAUCACUCGGUCACACCCUCGCUCGCCGAGCUCGGCAUCCGGGGAAUGCUGCCCGAGAUGAAUGAGGACAUACUCAUGGUAACCAGAGUACCAGGUGCUGGUGUUGAGUUACUUGUUCUUAUACUUCAACGGCUGCAGGGGUACAAUGCGUUUAAACACAUUAGACUGCCACCGGGGGACGGUGGAUUGCUUUCAACACUUCAACAGGAAUUACUAGUGGAGGAAAUAACAAGCAUCAUCCGACAAGAGGCAAUCCCUCUGAGUUUCGACGGUGACGUCAGAUUCCUAAAUUUUUCACAGUUCGGAAGACAAGCGCCUGUGUUCACGUCAUUAGUGAGAGAUCCCAUGGAUCCCAGGAGCCUCCAAAGGUACCGCAGAGGUGGUGCUGCGGCCAUUUAUCGGGGAUCUAUAUCUCAUUUCUGCGGACAGGAUCCUCGAUGCACUAAAAUCAAUACCAAAUGGAGACUGGAACGCGCGAAAGCGAAUGUUCUCAAGUGGUACAAAGUCAUUGGACUCCUAGAGCACAUGGAGGAGACGCUAUCCGAGCUUGAGCGCAAGUUUCCGUACUUCUUCACUGGUGCUCUCAAAGUUUACAAAAAACUCCGGCCUCACAAAACUCCUCACAAUGAAAAUACAGUAAUGACCUUGAAGCCAUCCGCGAAAAAGCGUCUGGGUGAGAUCUUCAAGGACGAAGUGGAGUUCUACAUGUGGUUGAAGUCGCGAUUGCUGAAUGGCACGUAUGGAAACGGUUGAGUCAAGCCAUCUCGAUGGAUUGAGGACUAUCGUGAUGUAUUGAGUGCUGACCCAAGGUUCGCGAUAAAAGCGGAGAGUAAAUAGCUUGCGUCUGUAGGCAUCGAUGAUGGAGAAUGCAUUAUGCAACUGACGUUUGACAUAAUUAAUCUGUAAUGCAUACGAUAUUUACAAAGCGUUUUUUUAUUGUGAUAUAUUGCUGCGAAUUUAUAAUUUAUAGGUGAAUUUCAGUUUGUGAUUUAGUACGAUUAUUGACGAGGGGAGAGCAAGGGGAUAAGAUUGAUUUCGAAAUACUUGGGCAUUGAUAUAGUCUCGUUUCUGGGUUUUAAUGAUCAAGAACUUGUUGUAAAUGUAAUGUCAUUAAGGACGAAGUGAUGAUUUUUUUCGA